AUGGUUGAUCAUAGUAAUAACGAUAAUCAAUCAAAUAAAUUAGUCAAUUUAUCACAUAUUUUAUUAUCAAAGAUUGUUAGUUAUUUAGAUGAGAAUGUAGAUAGAAUAGUGUUCAGUUUAGUUUGUAAAAGAUGGUUCAAUGAAAGACAAAGAUAUCUAUCAUUUAAUACCUAUCAUAUCAAAAUCAUUAAUAAAAUCAAUAAUAAAUUUAUUGAUUUAAAUUCAUAUAAAUCGAUAAUCGUUGAUCAAAUCAACAGUAAAACAAAAUGUAAAGUUGCAGUUGGUUUGGGUCAUAUCAGAUAUUAUGAUCAUCUGAUACCAAAAGAGGAAUUAGUUGAUAUCGAUAGAUUAAGAACAUUAAAUAUUGAUAAAGUAGUUCUUUGUUUUGAGCAAUUCAAUAUUGGUUUUGGAAGACAGUGUAAUGAAAAAAACAAAGAGUAUAUAAAGAAUCUCUAUCGAUUAAUAUCCGAUUUAAAUAUAUCAAAGUUUAAGAAGAUUCAAUCAUUUUCAGCAUUGCCAAUGAAUAUUACAUCGCUAACGCUAUCACACUUCUUUUUGUUUGAAGGAGAGUUGGAACCUGGAGAUCUUCCACCAAAUUUGAAAACACUCAAGUUUAAUCGAAAAUUUAAUCAGCCAAUCAAAACAGGAGUUCUUCCAAACACAUUGGUUAAAUUGAAUUUCAACGAGUCAUUCAAUCAACCUCUCGAACCAGGAGUAUUACCUUCAUCUUUGAAGAUUCUCAAAUUCAAGAGAAAAGAUCAAACUUUAAAAAUGGAGCAUUACCUCAGACUCUUAGAAUACUACGAAAUGCACCAACAUCAUGGUUACCCACAAAUCAAAACACUUCCAAAUCUCAAGACAUUAUCAAUCAGUGGUGAUACACUAGAUUCUCAAAUCGACUUGAGUUGUCUUCCAACUUCACUCACAAGAUUGGAAAUAUUCGCACCUGUCACAUUGGUCAAUGUAAUGCCACCAACAAUCAGAUAUCUGGACGUGGAGUGUUGUGAUUUCGAAUUCGAUAUUAUAUUCAAAGAUCGAUCGCUAUAUCAAUUUGAUUAUCUGAAGUUAAAUCGAGACCAAAUAGCAUCUCUUGAUGGAUUUAAGAUCAAAGAAUUAGAACUAAGUAUGUCAUACGAGGCUGAUAAAUUCAAUAUUCCAAUUGGUGUUGAAACACUCUCUGUUCCAUUCAUAUCUACAUUUCUACAUAAAAUGAAGAUACCAAGUUCAGUAAGAAAGUUGAUUAUUUCCAAUGAGAUAGAUUGUAUCGAUGAUCUUCAGAAACAAUAUGACUUUACAUGUGGAGGUUCCAUUCAAGAAUUGGUCAUAAUCUGCAAUGAAUCAUCAUAUGCUGAGAGAAUUGCAGAUCAGUUUCAAUCAAUUAUCUCUCCUCCAAAUACUUUAAUCAAACUCACCGAUCUUGGAAAGGAAAUCUGGAUUCGAAUGAUUGACAAUCAAUAUUACAUUGUUUACUGUCAAUCACAAAUCAUGACAGCUAUUGUUCAUAAAUCACAACUUCACAAAUACCUGCUAUACUGUAUUACUGCAUAUCUAGAGUAUUAA